GAAACCAGCACUUUGAUGAAGCUCCUCCUCCUGCUGCUUCGUGGCACUGAUCACCCGUCAUACGGGCUGCUUUGUUGUGAAUACAGCAGCGGCACCGCACUGCACGUACAACCAGAAGGUUAUGAAGAGGUUAUUUCAACUCAGACUGCAGCAGGAUUCAUUAAGGACAACGUCGGCCUGCUGUUACGGUGAAACCGCUCAGGUGAGAGCACAGAAAGAAACGCGUAAAGUGCCGUUUUGCACACUGAACGUUGUUGCACGGGUCUUUUGUUUUCUCCAUCUCUGCUGCAUCAAGGACAGAGAUAACAGGGCGAAUCGAGGAUCCAUGAGAGACGCUUUGAAUCGGAUACCGCUUCAGUAUCACGGUUGUGUGGGGGUGCAGCCAUGGAUGCCGGGAAGCUGGAGCAGCAGGUGGCCAAUGUGGAGAGAGGCAUCGCCUUCCUGAAGCAGGAGCACCUGGCCAUGCUGACCGGUCUGCAGCUGGAGAUCACACACCUGAAGAGGCGCUGUCAUGAGCUAAGCUGUGAGCUGGACUCCAGGUUUCCUGACAGAAGCACAGAUGAGGAAGAAGCAGAGCUGGCCGCACGCUGUGAGGCUGCACAGCGUCUCCUAGAGGAGCAGCAGUGCAUGAUGGUCGCUGCGCGUGGGGAGCUGCGGGCCGGCCGGGCACGGGCAUCAGCACUGGGAAGGAGCCUCAGGGAAGAAGAGCGGCAUUUCCUAGAGGAACUGAAAUGCCGCAGCCACAAGAUCACACUGCUGAGUCGUGAGCUGCAACGCCAAAAUGUCACCACGACAACCCUCUGCCACGAGCUCCACACCGCACGCUUAAAACUGUUCCAGCAACGGCAGAGCACAGAGUGUGGUGCAGAGGGAGAGGAGGAACCCAGAGGAAAGGAGGAAGAAGAAGAGGAUGAUGAUGAAGAAGAUGAGGAGGAUGAAGAUUAUGAAGGGGAGGGAUCGGACUGGCUUCUGUCUCCACCUCCUCCAGCCUCUCCCAGCGAACCAGAAGCGAGACACAAGAGGCGCGUCAGCGUGAGGGAGGAGAGGGUCAGGGCUUGUGUCCCUCAGGAGAGAGUGACAUCACCGCAGAGGCCACACCCUAUGCCUGACCCCGCCCUCUUCUUGGUGCCGCUUAGAUACCGCCUCCUUCGCUUGAACCAACCAAUCAGAACCCAGGAUGGAGAGGGGAUGGAGGACGAGUGGGAAGAUAUAGAUGACAGCAGGGUGCACAGGAGGGUGGACAUGGGAGCAGGAGAGGGAGAAACCGCUCUGUGAUGAAGAGAAAAAAAGGCAAGGUUGUCUUCCAGCGGGUCUCAGCAAAGAUCUAGAAAAAUCUUAAGACUUGAGAGAUGUAACCUUGUGAUUGUCUAUAGAUUUCAGGAAGUGAGUAAGAUAUUUAGAAGUUAGAUGCAGAAAAGUGUGUGAUCAAACCUACACAUUACCGUAUUAACCAAAUGUGUCACAUUGAUGGUACAACAUGUACUUUGAAAAUGUGAAAAAAUUAGUGGGUCAAAAAAAGACUGAAUCGUGGUACAGUUUCAUAUGGAUGCCUUUUGAUUUUAACACGUUGAUCACAGCUUUUGCCUGUAAUUAGUAGCCUUGCCUCGGAGUCUGUGAACACUGUUCAAUGUGGCAACCUGCUUUUUCACUGCACUAGCUGCAUUCCAGGUUCGGAAAGUAACUCUAGAAGGCUUAGGGACAUGUUGUAUGAUUUGCACUUUAUUAAAUUCAUGCAAUGUGCCUAGUAAAGGCAGACAAUGUUCUGGUGUCUUGUCUGUUUUCAAUGUUUGAACGUUUUUUAGUAGGUCUUUGAUACAGCAGAUACUUCUCAUAGUUGUAAAAGCACUAAUAACAUUAAUGAUGGCUCUGUUCAAAAGUCCCAGUAAGUCAUGGCAGUGUGACAGUGAGCCAGCAGUCAAUCAAACAGCAGACAAUGCAGGACUAUGACACUUAAGCAGCUAAAUGGAAUUCAGCUAUCAUUUUAGUAUUUACACUUGUGCUUUUCCUACUGUGACAUGUCAAAAUACGUGCUGUAUUAAAGGCCUGAGUGGCUGUUACAAAGAUGUUCUUUUUUUUUUCAACAUUCUCUGUUUCCAUCUUCUCCAAUGUGAGGAUCUUUCUGGUUUUUUUUUUUUUUUAUCACUGUAAAC